GGAUUGUCCGAAGUCUUAUUUAGUGGAGAUGCUAGAGCUUGGAGAUAAACUAUAAAUUAAGGUCCUGCUAACGUAAAUGAGGCGGGGUAUACAAGAGCUUAACUAUCGUCUAUAGCUAGGGGUCUCAACCCUAACAAUUAACCGCAUCUCACCCAACCUUAACUCAGAAUGAUACCCUCACUCGUCAAGUAUGGCCUUCGGGCUACCAAGCAUGCGACAGAUGCAAACCCAUCUGCACUGGCCUCUAUGCUGCUUAAAGAACAUGCAACAAAUGGCCCCUUGGUUCGCUCACAAUACCUCGAUGUAAAUCAACUCCAGCGAUUGAGCGCCACGCUUGCUUCUCACAGCGGGUCUGAUCCCUCCUCCGCCUUUGCGGUAGAGUCUAGCCCUGACUCCCUUCCAAUUCCUCCCUGUCACCAUUUAGUAUACUUCACACCACCAGAUGCCGAGGAUAAACUGGGGCUUGAUGGAUCAGAUACGAUAUUCAAUCCGCCAGGCUCUUUUACAAGGAGGAUGUGGGCUGGCGGGGAAUUGGAAUGGGUGGAUGGAAAUGAACUGGUGACGGGGGAGAAGGCAGAGGAAACAACGACACUGAAGAGUGCGGAAGUGAAGAAGACGAAAGCCGGGGACGAGAUGAUAGUUGUGGGGGUUGAAAAGACAUUCAGAAAUUCCAAGGGACUUGCGCUUGUGGAUCGAAGAAAUUGGUUAUUCAGACAAGCAAUUGAUUUGAAUAAUCCCCCUCCUCUUCCGCCACUUCCUUCCUUCGCUUCAGCUCCCUCCGCCCAAUACGAGCACGCCAUUACCCAUACACCAGUAUCCCUCUUCCGCUUUUCCGCUUUAACUUUCAAUGCGCACAAAAUACAUUAUGAUCGGGACUGGUGUCGGAAAGUCGAGGGACAUCGAGAUUGCGUCGUACAUGGUCCGUUGAAUUUGAUACACAUGGUUGAUUUCUGGAGGCAUGUUAUAGGAAAGAGCGAGAGAGGCACAGUGAACGAUAAGCUUACGGUACUGUUACCAAAAAAGGUCACAUAUAGAGCUACGAGUCCCUUUUAUGUGGGGGAGGAGUAUCGGGUACUGAUGGAGGAAGAGAAGGAGAAAGUCUGCAAUAUGAAGAUUGUAGAUCGGUUUGGAACCGUGGGGAUGGUAGGCAAGAUUGAGAGGCGGUGAUGUUAUAUUGUGGAAUGUCGUUAAUGUUCGAGGAGAUGUUGUGCUAUGCCACUAUGAUGGACAAUAUUGAACAUGUUCCACUGGCUGAAUCCUUGC